GGAAGACGGGAGCUACUACUCUGAAGUCCGAGCCCAUCCAACGCCGUCUCUGUGCUCGCAGCACUAGCUAUGUGCAUGUCCAGCCAACACCAGCCAAGUUCAACAAAUGGCCCCUUCGGCGCCAUCUCCUUUCGAGGCAGACAGCUGGGACACCCUCUACAUCAAUCCACUGCCCUCGGCUCCUCCUACUCCUAUUGCCCUUCGAAUAGGCACAUCACUCCCGCCCACCAGCCCCUUCCUGACCCAAUCUCUUGCUCCUACCGACUUCCCAUCUGCCGAUCCCUCUCCAGCUCAAGAACAAGACGGCAAUCCAGCAGAAGACAGCUCACCUGCUCUCGACGCCGUCCCAUUGACUGUCUUUACUCUGCCAGCUUCAUCAGUCCCAGCCCCAUCCCCAGUCACAGCCCCUGACCUCAGGCCCCGAUUCCAACCCCAGUCCGAACCCGGAUCCAGGCCCGGACUCGGACCCGCUCCCUGGACCCGACCACUCGGUUCCAUCAAGUUCUCUGCCUGGCACGUCGACAUCACAGAUACCCAGCUUCCUAGAAACGAGUCUCCCCGAGUCUGCCACAACGGCGGCGAGCUCGCAUGCUUCAUCCGACUUUGAUGACAGCACAGCCAUGGCUAAUCCCCCCGUCGCAAACGCCCCUCCGUUCGUGGCGGCGACUAGGACAUCCAACACCGCUUCGCCUUUUUCUACUCCUCAGGUACUACGGUAUACGGGUAGCGGCAAUCUUCUCUUGCAACAUUGCGCAACGGCACAGUACACGCUAAUCGAUGAUGGGGCUACAGCCUUGUAUGCUCCAUUCAUUGGGUGCGUCAACGACAAGCAAGACUGCUGCCCG